AUGACAAAACUUGGUAGUUAUCACAUUGUGAACGUCUCAAAGUACUUCAAGACAAUUGAAGAUUUUAUCAAUUUGACUUUUGUUUGCAAAAAGUAUAGUUCAUGUACGGAGAAAUUUGAUUUCAACCCAAUUCCAUUGACCAACAAAACAUUUAAAUAUUUUCCCAAAAUGAAAAUCCUUCAUUUAUGGAAAAAAGAAGAUGAGAAUUUUGGUAAUGGAUUUAUCAUAAAAGAAAAAGAUGUUAACUAUGAAGACAUUAACAAAGGAAGAGAGAUUAUUUUGAAAAAAGAUUUUGAUGGAAUUGUUGUGUGGUUUGAAGUCAUUUAUGCAACUUAUGAAAAAAACAAAAAUCCAAAUAUCAAAUUGAAAAACGUCAUAUAUACCAAAAAUGAUAGAAUUAAAUUUGGCAAUGAAAUACCAAAGGGUGUUACAAAACUUGAUGAAGGGUGUUUCCGUGAUUGUAAAGAACUGCAUAACGUUGAAAUUCCAUUUGGUGUAAGUGCCAUUUAUCCUGGAUGUUUUUAUGAUUGCAAUUUUAUUGAUAAAGUAACAAUACCCCCAAGUGUUAGAUAUAUAAAUUCUUAUUCGUUUUUUCGGAUGUCACAAUUUAGGAAUUUCUGUUUUUUCAAAUGCGCGAAUUUAUGUUAUCUCACCAUACCAUCAAUUGUCCAAGUUAUCAGUGAACAGUGUUUUGAUAAAUGUAUCAAAUUGAGAAAUGUUACUCUACCGUCUAAACUUGUAUCAAUUGAAAAGAAAAGGUUUUACAAGUGCAGCUCGAUAGAAUCUUUAAACAUCCCAUUGGGUGUUACUGAAUUGGGUCAAUAUUGUUUUUAUAAAUGUAAAGGUUUAAGAAGUGUGACAAUACCAUCGAGUCUUACAAUUAUUAAUAAUUUUUUUACAUAUUGUUUAAAAUUGCAUGAUAUUAUUAUUCCAUCAAGUGUCGUAUCAUUAGGUUAUCAUUGUUUUCGUGAGUGUAACAUUGAAAGUGUGGUAAUUCCUUCAAGUCAGUCUGAGCAGUGUUAUGAUACCAUUAAUGUCAUAUCAUUGGGUGAAUCUUGUUUUGAAUGUUGUGGUAAUUUAAGUGAAAUCGAUAUACCGUCGAGUGUAAAAUCAAUUGGUGAUGGUUGUUUUGAUUCACACACUUUAGUAAACAAAAAAUGA